GGCGGCGGUGCCAACCGGCUCCGUCUCAAUUUCCGCCACCGCGCGGCGGCGGACACCCGCGGGCCCGUGUCGGAAGCGCGUCGCCUGCUGUGCGCCGCUGCGGGGCCGCCACCUGCGCCUGGCGGGCGGGGGCGCCUGGGCUCCGGAAGCUGUCGGUGCAGGGGGCCGCCGGGGCGGUUACAGAAGCCGGCCGGGAAGCUGCGAGCCCCGGGCGGGGGGGAGGGCAUUCCGGGCAAAGGGCAGGGCAGGGCCAGCAACUGCAGCGGGGCCCUUGUGGCUUGUGGGAGCACAGGCGAACUUAAUAGAUGUUGCAGCAAUUUGCAUUUUCUGUUAAUGAUGCGAGGCUGGAAAAGUUUCAGGGUUUGUUAAGGGUUGUUUGAAUUUUUAAGGUUUGUAUUUCCAAACAGCUUGGUUGUAAUGAGUGAAGGGGAGGAUCCAGGACGAAGGUGAGCUGCGGUCGGGAAGCCGGGGCCACUGCAGGGAUGGAGCGGUGUCCCGGGCACGGCCUGGAGGCAAUGUGGGGCUGUUAGGCUACCGCCCAAGGAAGGAAAGGGGAGUUCAGGAUGACUGCGGUGGGUCUGGCAUGAGGAACUGGGCGGCUGGAGAUGCCAUUUGUCAAACCGGACGACAGAGGAGGAGCCAGGCGAGGUUUGAGAUGCCUGAGGGACACGCAGGCUGGACAGCUGGUUUCAGUAGGCUGAGCUCACGCAGGGGCUGAGAUACGCACUCGACAGUCAUGGGUGUCUGGAUGGUGUUCUGCGCGCUCUGCCUGGCUUUUAUCAAGAUCCUGUCCACCAUGGCCAGGCGCCCUCGCAGCAGCACUGCUUGGCAUUUCGUCCUGAGCGCAGCCCGCCGAGACGCGGACGCCCGGGCUGUGGCUCUGGCAGGGAGCGCAAACUGGGGCUACGACUCUGAUGGGCAGCACAGCGACUCCGACUCGGACCCCGAGUCCUCGACCCCGCCGCCACCCAUCCCCAGCGCUGUGCCAGUGACCGGGGAGUCCUUCUGUGACUGUGACAGCCCGAGCGGGUCCUCCUUCUGCAGCAGCCUGCGCGCAGGGCACCGGGGCAAGGACUGUCGCUGCGGCGAGGAGGAUGAGCACUUUGACUGGGUGUGGGACGAGCUGAAUAAGUCGUCGGCCACCCUGCUGAGCUGUGACAACCGCAAGGUCAGCUUCCACACGGAGUACAGCUGCGGCACGGCGGCCAUCCGGGGCACCAAGGAGCUGGGGGAGGGCCAGCACUUCUGGGAGAUCAAGAUGACGUCCCCCGUCUACGGCACCGACAUGAUGGUGGGCAUCGGGACGUCGGACGUGGACUUGGACAAGUAUCACCACACGUUCUGCAGCCUGCUCGGCAGGGACGAGGACAGCUGGGGCCUCUCGUACACGGGGCUCCUCCACCACAAGGGCGACAAGACGAGCUUCUCGUCAAGAUUCGGCCAGGGCUCCAUCAUCGGCGUGCACCUGGACACCUGGCACGGCACGCUCACCUUCUUCAAGAACAGGAAGCGCAUAGGCGUGGCGGCCACCAAGCUGCAGAACAAGAAGUUCUACCCGAUGGUGUGCUCCACGGCGGCCAAGAGCAGCAUGAAGGUGAUCCGCUCGUGCGCCAGCGCCACGUCCCUGCAGUUCCUGUGCUGCUGCCGCCUGCGCCAGCUGCGGCCCGACUCCGGGGACGCGCUGGAGGGCCUGCCCCUGCCGCCUGGCCUCAAGCAGGUGCUGCGCCACAAGCUGGGCUGGGUCCUGAGCAUGAGCUGUGGCCGCCACGUGCCCCCCACGCCCUCACCCAAGUCCAAGGCCGAUCCCAGCGGCCCUGAGACCCGGCGCUGCCAGAGGAAGCGCUGCCGACGGACCUAACUUGUUUUCCGAGGAGAACUGCUUUUCCGGGCCGAGGCGGCGUGUUCUCCGUCCCUCCCUUUGGGCCACGCUCCAGGGCAGCAGGCAGGGGCGGAGCUGCGGUGCUCCCUCUGCCCCUCCCCCGCCCCGAGGCUGGGCCGGGCCCGGUGAUCCUGAGAGCAGGACUGUCCAGGGGCACCUGCCUUCUGCGCCGGGUGUGGGGGCGGCUGCCCUGCCCUGGCUCUUUGGGACUGACCACGGGCCUGGGGACAGCGGCACAGGCAGCACGUGGCUGCCGCCAGCCUGCUUCUGCAUGUGGUCAGCGGCUGUUCCUCCCGUCCGGGGCCGAAACGACCCUAAUAAACUCGGUGUUUGUGUAA